AUGGCUCGCCUCGUCACUCUCCGCGUUUCCCUCGUGGCUUCCGCCGCGGCGCUCCUGCUCCUCGCAACCGCCGCUCUGCCGGCGCUCGCGGCGGGCAAUUCCGCCUCCGCCGCGUCGAUCUCCGCGGAUUCGACUGACAUGGCGGCUUCCGCGAGCCGUCGGGUCCUGCAAGCCGCGCCAGCAGCAGCACCCGCACCCGCACUCGCACCCGCAGAAGCACCCGAACCCGCGCCCGCGGCACCCGCGGCACCCGUCGCCGACGCACCAUCGUCUUCCGACGCGCCAUCGUCUUCCGACGCGCCAGCGUCUUCCGACGCGCCGUCUUCCCCGGCGCCACCACUUCAGCAGCUGAAGCUCGCGUCGAACAUUAAAGCCAGCGAUGUCUCCAAGUCGAUCAACCUCCUUAACUACCUCGCGUACACGGCGUGCCAGUUCCCGACCGGGAAGACCAUGCUCCUCCCGUCGAACAACGCAUGGAGAAACGCGUUCGAGGGGUACAAGAAGAACCGCAGCAGCGGCGGGCUGUACGACGCGCUCGACGUCGUCGCGAACAGCGAUAAGCUCAAGAAUCCGGAUAAUCGGGACCGGCUCACUGAUUACUCCUCGCUGCUUGACAAGUCGAAGGGAUGCAAGUCGAUUAUUGUCGGCGGGCCGAUCAGCGAGGCCGGGAGGACUGCGGUGUAUAACCUGCUGACUUUCCACACGGCCGAUUUUACGGUUAAGAUGGAAGAUUUGGAUAGCAAGCACUUCCGUUCGCAACGCUAUGCCUUGCCCCCUACUCCUACCUGGCUCAUUUCUUUCGCGCGCUACCUUGCCUCUCCCUCCUUGCCCUAA